AUGGGAUUUGCAAAGGUGUCUCUAUAUGGGGGUGCAAUUUCCUCGAUGUUCCCAGAGGGAGCAAUUGACGUAUCUGAUAUCCGAGAAGUGCCAGAUACCCAGGAGGUGUUUUUGCUUGAGCAGGCCAACAAAUUAGAUCAGGCCCUUAUUGUGGAUUUACUCGAGACAGUAGAAGCACCCACGCUUCCCGAAAUCAUAUCUGUGCAUUUGGGUGAUAUUUUAGACGAAGCUCCUUUGUAUUUGGCUCCUCUAGAGACGUUUUUCAACGAAGAUGUUCAGGCGCAUGUGCACACAUUCUUGGUUAAGCCUGCUCCCUCGAAGCAGGAGACAGAAACGACCAAGCUUUUUAUGUACAUCACAUUAUUGCAAGUUGUCAAAGCGCAGUCUGAUAUCCUCAUAACUAUGACGGUUCCCCAUGAGAGUGGAGAAGUUAGUCAGGACGCGUUUUUUCAAAUGGCUCAGAAUGCUGUCAGUGGCACUGAACCAGUGUUGGGUCUGGCGUAUAAUGUUGUCAAAACUGCUGCUUCGACAUUCAAGAUUUGUGAGUGGGGCUUGUUUAAUUAG